UUCAGAGAGGCACAGGUUGAAGGUGCCAAGUUGGUACAGCAGGGUUUAUGGAUGUUCUAUAGAUGGUGCUGGUGUUUAGCUGUGGCGUAGUUCAAUAAGGAGGAAUUGUAUAAAUAACCUUCUAGUGAGGAAGCAAAAAUUGAGUGCAGGAGGAGGAGGCAAUGCUGGAAGAUAUGACACAGCUUUCUUGGGACAGACAGAGGAAAAGGUGACAUGUUGUGCACAAGCUGUGAAAGCAGUUGACUGGAGAGGCUGCCUAUGGCCAGAAUUAGCUUUUCUUGCUUGUUUCCUGGAUCCUGGCACUGUAGCCUGCCUUCUGUAACCCAGUUCUCUCGCCAGCGAGUGGCCCUCUUGAUCAUUUUCCUUGCGGUAUUUAUACUGGUGUUUGCUACUGUUGCAGACCUUCAGCUAUGGAGUUCUAAAGCUUUUCGGGACCGGCAAUUUAAAAGGUACUUGGACCAAAUUGAGGACUUAGAAGCCACAGACAUAAAGGAUGCCAAAUUGAACUAUGGAGUUGUCAUUGACUGUGGCAGCAGUGGUUCUCGGGUUUUUGUGUAUUUUUGGCCCCCACAUAAUGGAAACCCCCACGACCUCCUGGAUAUCAAGCAAAUGCGAGACCGAGGCAGCAAACCCGUGGUCAAGAAGAUCAAACCAGGCAUUUCUACAAUGGCAUUGACUCCAGAAAAAACAAGUGAUUACAUGAAUCCUCUCCUGAGCUUUGCUGCUUCUUAUAUUCCAAAAAAUAAACACAAGGAGACCCCUCUGUAUAUCCUCUGUACUGCUGGUAUGCGCAUCCUACCUGAGAGCCAACAGACAGCCAUUCUUCAGGACCUGGUGAAGGACGUUCCCCAAGAAUUUGACUUUCUUUUUUCAGAGGCCCAUGCUGAAGUCAUCUCUGGAAAACAGGAAGGUGUGUAUGCGUGGAUCAGUAUUAACUUCGUUCUUGGGAGAUUUGACCAUGUGGUUGAUGAGGAAGAUGCUGUUGUUGCUGUUACUAUUGGAACACAAGAAGAGUCUAUCAUUCGCAAGCGGACAGUAGGGGUAAUCGAUAUGGGAGGCGGUUCCCUUCAGAUUGCCUAUGAGGUUCCGACCUCUAUGACAUACCCCUCUGUGGAGCAUGAGGAAGUUGCCAAAUCAAUGCUGGCAGAGUUUAACUUGGGCUGUGACUUGCAGCACACUGAUCAUGUUUACCGUGUCUACGUUACGACAUUUAUGGGCUUUGGGGGCAACUUUGCACGGCAGCGCUAUGAAGACAUGGUUUUUAAUGAAACCAUUACAAAAAACAGAAUACAUGGCCAGCAGAUCGGAGUCCAUCCUAAGUCACCACUUCAGGACCCUUGUCUGCCCCAGGGACUUACAGACCAAGUUCACAGACAGGACCAGGACCUCCAUGUUCUUGGCAAAGGAAACUGGGACAGUUGUCGGCAGCAGCUUGAACCACUUUUGCUAAAGUCCAAUGAUACUCAGGCCUAUUUGAAUGGCGUUUACCAGCCUUCCAUUGACUUCUCAAACAGCGAGUUCUAUGGCUUCUCUGAAUUCUUUUACUGCACAGAAGAUGUACUUCGAAUGGGAGGCAUCUAUGAUAGUCCAAAGUUUGCCAAAGCAGCAAAGGAAUACUGUAGCAUGGCCUGGACAACUUUACAAGAAAGAUUUAACAAUGGCCUCUAUUCUUCUCAUGCUGAUCAACACCGGUUAAAGUAUCAGUGCUUUAAAUCAGCAUGGAUGUACAGUAUUCUUCACAAUGGUUUCCACUUUCCUCAUGAUUACCCCAAUUUCAAGACCGCACAGCUGGUGUAUGACAAGGAAGUGCAGUGGACACUAGGAGCCAUACUGUACAAGACGCGUUUCCUUCCUCUCAGGGAUAUCCGCCAGGAGAGCUCUCGCCCUGCCCAUGUGAGCUGGUUUCGAAUCUCCUUUGUCUACAAUCACUAUCUUUUCUUUGUUUGUAUUCUGGUGGUGCUGCUUUCCAUUGUACUUUACAUCCUACGGCUUCGCCGUAUUCACAGACGUCAGGCUCGUGCCUCUGCUCUUGAUUUGCUAUUGAUGGAAGAGGGAGGGCGCGCAAUGAUGGAACCUGGGAUCUCUACGUAAAACUACAGCUACAAUCAGGAUUGCCUAGUAUAUUGGUUAAACACCAGCACCUCCCAAACAACUCACACUGCCAACAUGGGACCAAAACUAAAUACAGUUAAGGACAAACCGUUCAUAUUAGUUUAUAGAAAAAACCCUAUAGAAGUUCAGUUCUUCUGUAUCUGAACAUAGAGGAUAAAAGAAUGGUGUUUGUCACCAUUGCACUAGAAAGACACCGAAGUGUGGGUGUCUGUCUGACAUCUCAUUGACAACAUAUACUAGCAACCUUCUGUCACACAACAUUCCCAUUUAUAGUAUUUAUAGCGCACAAUUCAGUUUGUCUCACUCCAUGUGUAUUCAUUUUGUGUUUAUUUCCCUCCAGUUCAGUGUUUGUAUCAGAUUAGUUUUUUGAUUAUUACAAAUAAUGAAGAAACAAUGCAACUAAUGUACAGACUGCCAUUAUGUCAUGUUCAUAUUAUUCUGACACAACAUGUGAAACUGGGGAACAUUUCGUUUCCUCUCCCUAGGUAAGUGGUUCGGGAAGAAAUAAAGAAUGGCACCAACUUUGCAGUCUGAAGGGUAGGCCUCUGCUGAGGCAAAUGGUGUGGCUGCUCGCAUUCAUAUGUGUAAAAGCAGAAGUUAAAUGAAGAGAGAGUCUUUGCUUAUAAUAAGUAAUUCCACUGACAUGAUGCUGUCUUUUAAGGGAACAUAGAACAUAAAACCAACAUGUUAAUGAGGUUUCGAGGAACUAUCGAGCAGAUAGCAAGCUCUCACUUUUAAUGGGGACUAUGUACAAAUUUAAUGGGUGUUCCACUGUUAACUACAAGGCCAAGUAUAUCCUAUAGCCUAUAGGUAUAUAGGGUAACUGUUGCUUAUCAUGGUCAGCAGCCCUGUGCCUGUUAAAAAUACAGCCCCACUUUCAAACCAGUAUUUAGGGUUCCAGUGACAUGGCCCUCUGCCUUUACAUCUAGGACUCCCUGUUCAUGAACUGAGCAACCGCAGAAAAAUAGGGAAAAGUAUGGCCCUUAAGGUGAGUUUCUGCUUCCAUGUAGGGCGGUCAAUUAAAAGGCAUAUUAAGAUGCACAGCAAACCUAUGUUCUAAAAAUAUAUAUAUUUUUUAAAGGUUUACCCUAAACUAGGCCUUUAAAGGAGAAUUCAACCCAAAUGUUAAAAAACCCCUACCCCACUACCCUACAUAGACCCCCCUCCCCCCAGCCUAGCUGUUACCCUGGGCAAAUGCCCCUAAGUCUUUACCUACCCCUCCGUGCAGAUUCUGUCCAGCAGAGUUCACGGCAGCCAUCUUCUUCUCUUCAGUAAUCCUUGGAAUGAGACCAGCGAUGCAGCGCAUGAGCAGUUGGUGCAAUUUUCUGUUUCCCCACAACUGCGCACGUGCCGAAAAUUGCAGCAGCGUCUCUUUCCGAAGAUUACCGAAGAGAAGAAGUGAACUCUGCAGGACAGAAUCUGCAUGGAGGGGUAAGUAAAGACUCGGGGGCAUUUGCCCGGUGUAACAGCUAGGCUGGGGGGGGGGUCUAUGUAGGGUAGUGGGGUAGCGGCUAAAGAUGGCGCCCGUGAACUCCACUGAACAGCUGUAGGGUAGGUGGUAGGGUUUUUUUUAACUUUUGGGUUUAGUUCUCCUUUAAGAAACAAUAACCAUUGCCAAAUGUACUUUCAUUCCACAAUCCAAAAUGCGUGAUUCUCUUCCGAUCAGAUACUAGAUUUGAUCAGAUUUAGUAUUAUGGGAUUGUUUUACGAAUGAUAAACUUGUUUGUACUGCAGACAAUAUAAACAUUCCAAAUCAUGCUAUAUUUAUAAAGGAUUUUAUCAUUUUUUAAACCCAUUGUGUUAUUUCUCAUACUAAACAUUUAAAGGUUUAGGGAAUUUAAUAAGCUAAAGCAUUUGUGUUUUAGGUAAUUUAAUAAGCUGAAGCUUUUGUGUUUUAGGUAAUUUAAUAAGCUGAAUCUUUCGUGUAUUUAAAUGUCACCGCUUUUUGUGUGUGUGGAGCCAAAGGUUGUUUGUGCAUCUAGCAGAAUGCUGCCGAUAAGGCCACUUAAUAUACUGCUGUAUACUUUAUAGCAGGGGUCCCCCACCUUUUUCACCCUUGAGCCACAUUCAAAUGUAAAAAGAGUUGGGGAGCAACACAAGUAUGAAAAAGUCCCUUGGGUGCCAAAUAAGGGCUAUAAUUGGUUAUUUGGUAGCCCCUAUGUGGACUGGCAGACUACAGGAGGCUCUACUUGGCACUAUGCUUCAUUUUUAUGCAAAUAAAACUUACUUUCAAAAAUAAGCACCUGCUUUGAGGCCACUGGGAGCAACAUCCAAGGGGUUGGAGAGCAACACAUUGCUCACAAGUUACUGGUUGGGGAUCACUGCUUUAUAGUAACAAAUUAAUAAAAAGAGGUCUUUAAUACAUAACUUGGAAAUAAGGCCAGGUUAUCCCAAGGGUUCACAUCGUUCCACACAUACCACUGGUUUUCCAUUGCCAGCUUGUUUUAUUUCCUAAUACAGACACCUGCCUUUUCUCAAUCGCAAUCACCUUGGCUGUACUUUUUACCUGAAGGCUUCUCAUUCAACUUCAGAAGAGUAAUUUCACAGCACAAACGUUAUGCCAAAGGCUUCCACAAGCAAACCUGUGAAUUCUACAGAACAGAGAUGUGUAAAAUUUGACUUAAAUGAUGAUUUUUGUAGCUUUCUGUUCUGCUCGGAUAAAGGGCAAAAAAGACUUGCACACAAAGCAUUCCUUGUUGAGGGUUUGAUGCUGUUAAUUUUUCCUGUUGACCCUUCUUGUGAAACUUUCCACUUCGAAAAUAUGUGUUGUCUGCAAAGAGAAGGGCACGUUUCUAUUCUAGGUUUCUAUUUGUAUACUGCUCAUUGUGUGUGGUUUGUGUGUUAACAGCUGUCAAUUAAAAAUACACAUUUCUA